AUGGACGUCUACCACAGUCAGGGAACCGCGCGCCCAGCUAUGGUAACACACGGAAGAACCCCAGACUACCGGGCCGAAUACAGACUCUCAAGUACCUAUGCGGGUGGAGGUCAAAAUACCCGCUCCCUGCGAAACUAUAACUCUCGCACUGAAGCGUUGGGCUGCUACUUAUCUCCCGGAAGGUGGUAUAUUGGCAAUAACAGGGCUAGUAUCAUCAACGGUUUACCAACACUGCAACAAAACACUCCAAACUACGCAUUGAACUUAGAAAGACUGAAUGCCUGGCUCACAUACCAAGGCGUGUUUACUACCGCUAUAUUGUCGCGGGUAUUUCCUGGGGCUGAGCUCGUCGAUGCUACAACUGGCUGGGGCACCCCACGUACAAUUUGGGCCACCUUGUACAGCCCUGAAGAUGGUGCAUUUGAUAAUGACUGGUUGCCAAAUGGGGAUACUCCACUAGAUCCAAGGGAUGCUGAUGCUUGA